AUGGUAGGCGGGUCCUCGCUGCUGCCCUUCCUCCUCGCUCAGUUGUCUAACCUGACUCACCGCGUGUCCCUGACCUCCUGCGGCCUCCAGAUGUUCCUGAUGUACACCUACAGCAGCGUGGAGUUCUUUAACCUGGCGGCGAUGGCGUAUGAUCGUUACGUGGCGAUCUGCUUCCCCCUGAGCUACAGACAGAGGCUGAACCCGCGCACCAUCGGCCUCACGCUGGGCCUCGUCUGGGGGGUCAGUCUGGGCCUCGGGGUCUUCGUGGCGACGCUGGUGAGGUCCGUGGCGUUCUGCGGAAACCGCAUCCAUAAGAUCUACUGUAACUUCUACGACCUGAGCAGCCUGGUGUGCGCAGAGGACGCCUUUGUGGGUCCCACCAUUAAAGUGAUGGAGACGCUGUACAUGUCCACGGCGCUGCUCGGGAUGGUCGUCUUCAUCGUCUUCACGUAUGCGCGAAUCUUAGUCGUGUGUUUCCGAGGCUCCAAACAGAUGCGACAGAAGGCCGUGAGCACGUGUGCGCCCCAUCUGGCCUCGCUCACCAACUACGGCCUCAGCGUGUUCCUGGAGGAGACUCAGACCAAGUUUGAUGUCGGGAAUCUGUCCCGAGUCUUUCAGGUUUUCCUAAGUUUGUACAUCGUGAUCGGACCGCCGCUGCUCAACGCUCUGCUCUACGGACUCAACAUGAGCAAACUCAGGGCGGUGUGCAGAGGUCUGCUGUCUCCUAAGAUCUGA